AUGGUGGUGCUAUUUUAUGGACAAAAAUGCCAAAAUUAUAUGAAGAAACUAAGAAAUCACAAAGUGAAGUUAUUAUUGAAUGAACAAUGUCGAGGAUAAAAGUUAGAAUGCAAUAUAAAUAAGUUAAUUUUUAGGAAUAUUUAAGAAAAUGAUAAUGAUAAGAAUGGUAUGGUACAUUAUUAAAUAAAAUAAUUAUAGGUAAUUUAAAUGAGAUAAUAUUCAAUUAUAUAAUUUAAGAACAUUUAUAAUUGAUUGAUGAAGAGAUAGAAAAUAUUGUUAUGUUUAUGGAUUGUAAGAGUGAGAUUAAUUACUAUAUACUUUUUAAUAUGUUGAAAAGCUCGAAUUAGAUUUAAUAGAUAGAAAGGAACUUAAUUUAGAAAUAUAGACCAGCAAAUGUAAAAAAAGAAAACCAUCCUAAAAUUGAUAUUUAAUGA